UUUCCCAGAUCCCCUUGAACGCCACAACACUUUCCCUCAAGUCUCUCUACCAGUUCCGCUCGCUCCCGUCACAAACACGGAAGCAGCAUGGCGUCCGACAGCGACAACGGUAGUGGCAGCCGCUCCGAUAGCCAGCGCGUCGCUCGGGAGAGGGUGACGAUAAUUGCAGGGCAUUUACGAGCAACGGCGGAUAGCGGUUCCGCCAUUGUUGCCGCGGAGUGCAAAGCCCAAGGGGCCGAGCCUGAUGUCUUCGGGCAGGAGAAGAGGACGAUGCCGAGGAGGAGGCAAGAGAUUAUGAAAUGGAACGGUUGGGGCUACAGCGAUUCCCGCUUCCUCUUCAAUAAGAAAGGCCAAGCAGAAUUUACUGGCAAAAGAUAUAGAUUAAGUGGUAUGAUCAUCCCUGGUCUGAAAGACUGGUUUGAAAGCACAUUUGGAGCCAGUCUACAGCACAAAACUCCAGCAACACCCCUCCUGAACAGCAACGCCAUCCAAGCUCCCACUCUUAACAAGCCCUUUAUGGAUGAUUUGAAAUCCUCCGGUAUUCCCUUCUCUCACGAUGCUGAGGACCGUGUAUUUCGCAGCCAUGGGCAUUGCUUGCAUGAGAUCUUUGCCAUGCGAGAAGGGAGAUUCGGUCGCCUUCCAGAUGUGGUGGUGUGGCCCAACUGCCACAGUGAUGUAGUGAAACUUGUGGAACUGGCAUGCAAACACAAUGUUUGUUUAAUACCGUACGGAGGAGGCACAAGCGUUUCCAGUGCUCUCGAGUGUCCUACAGAUGAAAUGCGGAGUAUUGUCUCUCUGGACACCUCUCAGAUGAACCGAAUUCUGUGGAUUGAUGAGAAAAAUUUAACUGCCCACUUGGAAGCUGGCAUCAUUGGUCAGGAUUUGGAGAGGCAGCUUAAUGAGAGCGGCUACUGCACCGGCCACGAGCCGGACUCCAUGGAGUUCAGCUCCGUAGGGGGGUGGGUGGCAACCAGGGCCUCAGGCAUGAAGAAGAACAUCUAUGGCAACAUCGAGGACCUGGUUGUCCACGUUAAGAUGGUGACUCCACGUGGGGUAAUUGAAAAGAGCUGUCAGGGCCCCCGUAUGUCUACAGGGCCAGACGUUCACCACUUCAUCAUGGGAUCUGAAGGAACCCUGGGUGUGGUCACUGAGGUGACAAUGAAGAUUCGGCCCAUGCCAGAGUAUCAGAAAUACGGCUCGGUGGUGUUCCCCAAUUUUGAGAAGGGUGUCGCUUGUCUUCGAGAAGUUGCCAAACAGAGAUGUGCUCCUGCAUCUAUUCGACUUAUGGAUAAUGAACAGUUUAAAUUUGGUCACGCCCUCAAGCCUCAAGUGUCGUCACUUUUCACCUCAUUUCUGGACGGUCUAAAGAAACUGUACAUCACCAAGUUCAAAGGCUUCGACCAGAACCGCUUGUGCGUGGCUACCCUGCUGUUCGAGGGAGAUCGAGAGAAAGUCCUGCAGCACGAGAAGCAAGUUUAUGACAUUGCCGCAAUGUUUGGAGGUCUGGCAGCCGGAGAGGACAAUGGGCAAAGGGGCUACAUGUUGACCUUUGUCAUCGCUUACCUCCGGGACUUGGGGAUGGACUACUAUGUGAUAGGGGAGUCCUUUGAGACCUCUGUGCCCUGGGACAGGGUUUUGGACAUCUGCCGGAAUGUCAAAGCUCGCAUCGUUGGAGAGUGUAAAGACAAAGGAGUCCAGUUUCCUCCGUUAUCCACAUGCAGGGUGACUCAAACAUACGACGCUGGUGCCUGUGUCUACUUUUACUUUGCCUUCAACUACAGGGGCCUCUCUGAUCCAGUGCACGUGUAUGAACAAGUGGAACACGCUGCUAGAGAGGAGAUCCUUGCCAACGGAGGGAGUUUAUCGCAUCACCAUGGAGUGGGGAAACUUCGCAAGGAGUGGCUGAGGCAGACCAUUUCCAGUGUGGGCAUGGGCAUGCUGCAGUCGGUCAAGGACUACGUGGACCCCGGGAAUAUCUUUGGCAACAGGAACCUCCUCUAACGCCGCACACACCUCCGUCUUUCACACAGGCAAAGAGAUUCGCCAAUUUGAAAGGGACUCUUUUGUGUUCCUUUUGACGCGUCACGUGGCGCCGUGCGCGUCCGCGAUAGCGUGAAGUGAUCGGGUGAUGUGAAACGAACGAAUGACGUCGGUGACGCUCGUCUCGUACCCAACAUCAACAUCAAGUUCACAACAUCUCACUUGGAUGGAAAGCCGUUAAAAGCGUUUAUUGUUUAUCCUUGAUAUCUUUGCAGACAUUUGACAAUUGAUUCUAUAGAUUUGAUUUCCAGCCGAAUAAAAUGGCUGUUGUACUAAUAAAAAUAAAAAUGAAAAAAAAAAAAAAGCCCAUUGAAAAUCCAAUUCAAGUCCCACUUUUGGCUGACUAGUACAACCCAACGGCAAAAUGGUUUAUCCUUGAUGACCACUUUAAGGUCUAUGUACCUGCAAUGUACUUUGUCUUCACUCCUAAUACAAUUAAGCACACUGGUAGAAUCACUGUCUCACUAGUAACAUUUCCCACUACUGUAUGACAUUUCUGCACCCUAGUACGACAACUUUAUGUUACUAGAGAGGCAUAAUUGUGCACUAGUUGACGUCUGUGCACUCCUUGUAGGAAGUGCUAGAUGUUAAGAAGUAGAAUUUUGUUUUACUAGUAAUAUAGUUCCUGUCGUCAUCCUACUAGUGAGUACAACGUGCAUGGUGGUACAUUGACCCUAUUUGCGGUGAUAUUUGCUUUUUAAUGGCUGUCCAUACAGGUGGUCAUCUCGUUAGUGUUGCUGACGCUUUGUGCCUUUUCAAAAGCUUUUGUCUGCCACCCUGUCCAAAUACUUUCCAUGUAUACUUCACAACAUGAUGUACUUGCAUACGCACUCCUUUUCCUUUGUGAUGCACCAAUGACUUUGUGAAUGUGUGUCACUCUGAUUGAGUGUUGCCAUUGCCAUAACUAUUUUUUGUUUGUUUGUCUUUGGACCGAAUGAAUUAACCCCCCUGCUUGGACCUUGACUUGACUCUCUGUUACUUUGUAUAUUUUUGUACCCCAAACUCCGAGAAUGUGUUACUGACAGUUUGUUUAUAACCAAGCAAACUUCACGUUUUGCUCACGUGCUACCAAAGACUCCAACACAUGUAAACUCCUACAAACUGUUUUUGAAUCUGCAUUUGCAAACGUAAGAAGUCUGUUGAAGGUUUUUUUUUUUUUUUUUGGGUCGGAGAGGUUGCGGUUAAUUUUGUUACUUUAAAAUGACUCAGAAUUUUCCUCUCUGUGCUACAUAAACUGCAUUUUCUCACCUUUUGAAAGCAGCUUUAAACCAGUUUUCUGACCAAAAUGUUUGCCAAAUAAUUAGGCACCCAUCCAAUCUAAGACAAAGAUGGUAAUGCUCAUUUGUUAUUUCUACGAAUGCACCGGUAAUUACCAGGAGUACUUGGUACUCGUGAAAAUACUCAAGACACUAUACGGCGAUACCACUCAGCCUCACUAAUAAUUUUUGUGUUGGACCUACAUCAGCGUAAAAACAAACGAUGAAAAUCCAAAAGACGAUUUCAUGACAUUUGCAUUAUCAAGUAUCAGCGCAUGUUUUUAAACUUAGGUGCUGUACUUGUACUGGGCCUGAAAAAAGUGCCUAGUUACUUGGCUGUCCAGUGGAUUCGCUAAAGUUCUCAGUAUGAUGCAGUGCACUGUAAACUACUACCACGAUGAGAAAUAGUGAGCAUGAUUACUUUUAUAACGGCCGCACUGUUUUAUUUGGACGUGCAAGCGUACUUAAUGUUGUGGCCUGUGGGUGUAUAGUUUACGAUGAACUUGCCUUUACCUCCCCUUAACUUCCUUGACUGAUUACGUUUACAAAAAAAAAAACAUUAAAAAAUACUUUGCAAAUGGUUGGAUUGUUUUAGGAGUUACUGUCUGACGUGACUUUUUUUUUUUUUUAACUUGUUGACAAUUAUGUGUGCUUUUGACUAUAUUGUAAAAUCCCCUUUUGUUAAUCUCUCCGGGUAAUAGAGUACAAUAAAAAACAUUGUUUUGUCACGGCCCUUUGUGCAAUAAAUGCAACUAAAACUGC